GCCAGCGAUAACGGGCACAGGGUAUGCGCCUGCCUGCCGGUAAGGCGGAGGGGGGAUCCUCCCCCAGCUCCACCUCCUGCUGCUGUCUCGCUUGCUGCUGCUGCCCGCUCCUCUCCUGCCCAGGGCACCGAGAACCGCACGGUGGGCUCCACGCUGAUGAACGCGACGUCGAGCCGCGCCCACACCGUCAUCACCAUCGAGUUCAAGCAGGUGCCCGCACGCAGCAGGGCUGUAAGCUGUCGCUGAUCAACCUGGUCGACCUGGCAGGAAGCGAGAAGGCGGGCCAGACGGGGGCCAGCGGUGACAGGCUCAAGGAGGGCUGCGCCAUCAACAAGUCCCUCUCCGCGCUGGGCAACGUCAUCGAGAAGUUGGCCGACAGGUCCACUGGCAAGGCGAAGCCCAACGUGGUGAUCCCGUACCGCGACUCCAAGCUCACGCGGCUGCUCCAGAACGCCCUUGGUGGAUCCAGCAAGACCGUUAUGAUCUGCGCUAUAUCACCUGCGUCUUCAAACUACGAGGAGACCCUGUCUACCCUCAGGUAUGCCGAUCGGGCGAAGCGCAUCAAGAACGCCGCCGUGAUCAACGAGAACCCCCAGGACAAGCUGAUCCGGCAGCUCCGGGAGGAGAACAACAAGCUGCGCGAGAUGAUGGGUGGCAAGGCGCACUUCGAGAGCCCCGCGGCCGUCGGCGGCGGCCCGGAGGCCAUGCUGGCGAAGCAGGCGGAGAUCAAGGCGCUGGAGGAGGCCUUGACGAACAUGUCUACAGACUUCCAGCAGCGCCUCAAGGAGGCACAGAUGCAGGCAGAGAUGCAGAAGAAGAAGGAGGACUUGACGGAGAAGCUCCCGCAUAUUGCGAAUCUGAACGAAGACCAGCUCCUGACGAACAAGCUCAGGUUCGCCCUGAAGGAAGGCCGAACGCGUAUCGGCAAGGCCAGCCAGGCUGGCGAUCCUGAAGUUGUCUUGUCUGGCCCGGGCAUCUGCGAGGCCGAGCACGCCGUAAUAGUGAGCGAGGGCGCCCGGUGCGUGGUCACCGCCGCGUCCCGGGAGGCGCGCGACAACACCUUCGUGAACGGGGCCAGCCUCGCGGAGGCCGGCGCCGAGGGCGUCGCCCUGGCCCACGGCGACCGCCUGGCGUUCGGCCAGAGCCUCUUCUUCUUCGUGGACCCGCGCCAGGGCAAGGCCACCCAGCUGCUUGACUCUGGCAAGGUCAGCUACGAGAUGGCUCGGAAGGAGCUGGCGCAGUUCCAGGCAGCAGGCACGGGGCCCUCCGAGGAGGAGCUCCGGGCCAGCCGGGAGCGCGCCGAGGCGCUGGAGAGGCGCGUGCGGGAGGCGGAGGAGGCGAAGCAGAGCGCGAAGGCGCAGGCGGAGUCGCUGAUGCGGCAGCGCGAGGAGGAUCACCGAGUUCGCUGCCCAGAUGAUGCGGAGGCAGGUCGAGUGGGAGAAGCAGCUUCAAGCGCAAGCCGCCCAGGUGGCCUCCAGCCAGGCCGUGGCCGCGGCGGACCAGGCGCAGCAGCAGGCGGAGCUGCAGGAGAGGCAGCAGGCGCAGCAGCAGGCGCAGCAGCAGGCCACCGCC